UGAUGAGUGAAUUAGCUUUAGAAUCAUCGGCAUGGGAUGAUUUAGCCAAUAUCCCUGCGGAUCCACCUAGGAUGAGGCCCCUGUGCACGAAAUGCUGCCGUCCCGUACAAGUAUGCUGGUGUUCAGCGCUUCCCGCCCAACCACUUAGUCCCGGUGGUCGCAUAGUACUCCUACAACAUCCUGCCGAAGAAAAACGAUCCCUACGGACUGCUCCCAUGCUAUCCGUCGGACUCGCACCUGGAAAGUGUCUCAUUUACAAGGGGAAAAGAUUCCCCCGUCACGAUCAGGAACUGGAAGCGAUUUUGGCAGACAACCGUUCCCUAUUGCUCUAUCCGAGUGCCAGUUCUGUUCCGAUCGAACAGAUCGAUCCUACCGAGGGUCCGUACAAUUUGAUACUAAUCGAUGGCACUUGGCCACAGGCGAAAGCUAUCUAUCAUAGCUCAUCGGCACUGCAUGGGAUGCGACAGGUGAAGCUCGUCACGUCCGGCACCAGCAGCUACAUCAUACGGACCCAGCCUACGGAAGGUUGUCUCAGCACGUUGGAAACAGCCAUUGAAGCACUUAGCGUACUCGAACGGGAUGAUCGCUAUCGGGAACAGUUACUGCAGCCACUGCACAUGCUGUGUCAAUUUCAGCUCGCAAACGGAGCAGUUACGCACCAGUCGAAAGAGUUUCUCAUACGCCACAAUCAGUACCCGAAGCUGAUCGGGCGACGGUUGAAUCGGUUGCUAAAGCAGGCGGACAACUUUAAAGACGAUACGACGGAUCCUACGGAAAGCCAAUCAUCGUAGCACAAACGAAACACGGUCGUUUACUUUUUUGUAAUUUUAUUAUACCACUUUAUAUUGUACUGAUUUCGUAACAUAAAAUAGAGCAUAGCUUUA